AUGAUCGCAUUACUUGUGUUGUGUGCGCUGUGGCAAACUGCAUGGACCACCAUGACCUUUGGUGAAAUGUCAGACAUAGACCCUGAGAUUCUGAGCGUGAGCAUCCCGACGGAGAAGCCGGUGCGCGUGCUGAUGGGGGGCACGCUGGUCCUGCCCUGCUACUUCCAGGACAACACGCCGCACGACCCCGGCGCCCCCACCAUCGCGCCGCUCUCCCACCGCAUCAAGUGGAGCCACAUCACCAAGGACAAGGUCACCGACGUCCUGGUGGCGUCCGAGGGCGUGGUAAGGGUGGCGGACGAGUACCUGGACAGGGUCACCAUGGUGGCCUACCCCCUGACCCCGACGGACGCCUCCAUAAAGAUCACAGAGCUGCUCUCCAACGACACCGGAGUGUUCCGCUGUGAAGUCAUGCAUGAGAUCGAGGACAGCUCUGACACCAUCGAGGUCCUCGUCCAAGGUAUUGUCUUCCAUUACCGUGCCAUCACCUCCCGCUACACGCUGACGUUUGAGAAGGCCAAGGCAGCCUGCGUUCAGAACAGCGCCGUCAUCGCCAGCGCUGAGCAGCUGCAGGCCGCGUACGACGGAGGACUUCACCAGUGUGAUGCCGGCUGGCUGGCCGACGAGACUGUCAGGUAUCCCAUUCAUGAUCCCAGAGAGCCUUGCUUUGGCGACAAAGAAAACUUCCCUGGAGUGCGGACCUAUGGUGUCAGGAACACCAGCGAGACAUACGAUGUGUACUGUUUUGCAGAAAAGAUGACAGGGAAAGUGUUUUACUCCAUGUCCCCCGAGAAGUUCACCUUUACGGAGGCUGAGGCCCAGUGUGAGAGGUUGGGGGCGCGGCUGGCCACCACAGGUGAGCUCUACCUGGCCUGGCAGCAGGGCAUGGACGUCUGCAACGCCGGCUGGUUAGCUGACCGCAGCGUGCGCUACCCAAUCAACAUUGCCCGGCCACAGUGUGGAGGUGGGCUUCUGGGAGUCCGCACUGUCUACCGAUUCACAAACCAGACCGGCUAUCCCGAACCAGAAUCCCGCUACGACGCCAUCUGCUAUGAAGAUGAUGGCGAGGAGAGCUCUGGAUGGCCCAUCUUUCCUUUCGGAGGCCAGACCACCGCUGAGCCAGGCCUCCUCAGCAUCGCCACGCAAACCCCGGGCCCGGAGGUGUUCAUCAAGCAGGUGACGGAGAGCGAGGUGAAGGUGGGGGAGGUGGUCACGCACCAGCCCGACACCACCAGGCCCGUCUGGUGGCCCGUCACUCAAGCGCCGCUGUUCCCGCCCCCAGACGUCACCGAGGUGACCCCUGACCUCGUCCCUGACCUCAUCGUGAGAGCCACGGCGCGGCCCGCGGUGGAGGCGGAGCUUCCACAGACCAGUUACAGCGGAGCAGUGGGGACAGCUCACCUGUAUGCAGGUGUGGUGUUCCACUACCGGACCGGCUCCAGCCGUUACGCCUUCACCUUCGUGGAGGCCCAGCUGGCGUGCCAGAGCGUGGGUGCCAUCAUGGCCACCUCCGAGCAGCUCCAGGCGGCCUACGAGGGGGGGUACCACCAGUGCGACGCUGGCUGGCUCCUUGACCAGACCGUCAGGUAUCCCAUCGUGCGUCCUCGUGAUAAGUGUGCAGGGGACCUGGAGCACCUGCCUGGCGUGAGGUCAUAUGGUCUUCGCCCUGCAGACGAGCGCUACGAUGUCUACUGCUACAUCGGCCAGCUCAAGGGUGAGUUCUUCCAUUUGAGCACCGCCGAGGGCUUCAGCUAUGACGAGGCGAUCACUGCCUGCCAGGAGAGGAAUGCCACAUUGGCCUCCACAGGCGAGAUGUACUCCGCCUGGCGUCACGGUUACGACAGGUGCCGUGCCGGUUGGCUGUCGGACCGCAGUGUGCGUUAUCCAAUCAGCAGCCCCCGUGAGCUGUGCGGCGGAGGAAAGGCCGGCGUCCACACCAUCUACCUGUACGCUAACCAGACUGGCUACCCUGAGACAUCCGCAAAAUUCGACUGCUUCUGCUUCAAAGCUGAUCAGUUUGCACUUCUCAAUGAGACUGGAAUGAACAUAACAGAAAUUGAAGAAGUGCUUAUCAAUGGGACAACAAUUACAGACCUGCUACGUCCAGUGGUUCCCUCCAUCACUCUUCCCAUUGCUGUGGAGUCCUCAGGCUCUGGUUCUGCAGAACUGCCCUCAGGAUCCGGUGACUUCUCUGGUGAGGCGUCAGCCAGUGGAAGUGGCCUGUCUAGCGGAGAAGCCAGUGGUGAUGCCAGUGGCACCAGUGGAGAUGCCAGUUGGGCUACCACUGUGGCAUCAUCUGGGUCUGGGUCCGGGUCUGGCACCAGUGGAGAUGCCAACUGGGGUACCACUGUGGUUCCAUCUGGGUUUGGAUCUGGAUCUGGUACCAGUGGAGACAUGUCUGGUUCUGGUUCUGGUUCUGGUUCUGGCUGGAGUGGAGAAGGAUCAGGUUUUGUUGUGACCUUCUCCAACACUGGGUCCGUUUUGUACGGCGAGAGGUCUGCAAGGCCACAGGAGACUGGACAGGGAGUCCCUGAAGUCUUGACAUUCCCACUGGGAUCGGGAUCUGGAAGCGCCUCCGGGUCAGGGUCAGGCUUCAGCUCUGAGGAGAGCGGUUCUUCGUCAGAUGUGUCCAGCGGGUCGUCCUCAGACAUGUCCAGCGGGUCCAGCGGGGAGAGCUGGGAGUCCUCUGGGAUCUCCUCAGCGUCCAGCUCGAGCGAGGAGGACCUGAGCGGAUUUCUGUCCGGUCGCUCGGGAGACGCCAGCGGCGUCCACUCAGGCGACCUGGACGGCAGCGGCACGCGGAUCUUGUUCGUUGGCGGCGGCAGGUACGUGGAAAUCUCGUCCUCGUCCCCCCGCGUGGGGCAGGAGCUCGGAGGCGCCGGGGUCCACUUCAGUGGCUCCGGAGACUGGUCCGGUGCCGGGCCCAUCUCUGGGUUUGGGUCUGGCACCAGUGGUCACUCCGAGACCUCGGGAGACGUCAGCGGCUUUCGGAGCGGAGGCGGAAGUGGAUUCUCGAGCGGAGAUGUGAGCGGGUCAGGGAGUUCCGGUUCUGGUUUCCCUCGGAUCACUUUGUUUGACUCCGAGUUCGCCGACCGGACAGUCAAGCUGGCGGAAGAGCAGGAGGCAUCCGGUGUCCUGCACUUCGGCUCCGGCGCUUCCGGCAUGGCGAGCGGUUCUGGAGGAUCGGGCGAUGUCAGCGGGUUCUCCUCAGGAGGUUCCGCCAGCGGGGACGUCAUCGUCCUGACCGACGGCAGCACAGUGGAGGUCAGCGUCCACCCGACAGAGAGCCAGGAGCUCGGGAAGGGCCCGGUGGAGAUCAGCGGAGAUCACAGUGGGUUCUUCUCAGGCAGCAGCGGCAGCAGCAGCAGCAGCACUAUGGCCAUCGACAGUAGCACUAUGGUCAGCGGCAGUGACUCCUCUCCACACUUCGCUGAGCCACGCCCGACCGAGUCCCAGCUACCCAGUGAGGUUCUGGACGCCCAGGCCCCUGCCCAGGCCCCUGCCCAGUUUGUGAGCAGGACCUCCACGCCGGACCAGCCACCGGCCCAGCUGCAGGACAGUGCUGGGGCGCCCUACGCCACCCCCGCCCCGCUGGUGGCCACCACCACCCCAGCCUUCACACUGCAAACGCCAUCCGUCGUGGAGGAGCCAGCACUGGUCGACAUUGACCCCUGUGACCCGAACCCAUGCGGCGUGGGGACGUGUACCGUUCAGGACGGGGUCGGCCUGUGUCUCUGUCCACCGGGUCGGACGGGAGCAGACUGCCAGCUCGAUGAGCAGACCUGUGAGGACGGCUGGACUAAGUUCCAGGGCAACUGCUACCUGCACUUUGCCGAGCGUGAGACCUGGGAGGACGCCGAACAGCGCUGCAGGGACCUCAACGCCCACCUGGUCAGCAUCAUCACACCCGAGGAACAGCACUUUGUCAACUCCCACGCUCAGGACUACCAGUGGAUUGGCCUGAAUGAUAAGACGGUGGAGAAUGACUUCCGCUGGACAGACGGCACCCCUCUGCAAUUCAUCAACUGGAGGCCGAACCAGCCGGACAACUACUUCAACUCCGGAGAGGACUGUGUGGUGAUGAUCUGGCACGAGAACGGCCAGUGGAACGACGUGCCCUGCAACUACCAUCUGCCCUUCACCUGCAAGAGUGGGCCAGUUUUGUGUGGCCCUCCUCCUGAGGUGGAGAAUGCGCGCAUGUACGGGAACAAGAAGGAGCGCUACCAGGUCAACUCCAUCAUCAGGUACCAGUGCAACGAGGGCUUCACCCAGCGGCGCCCCCCGGUGGUGCGCUGCCUGCACGACGGCCAGUGGGAGAAACCCCAGGUGGAAUGCACAAUCUCCAACUCCACUCUCAGGCUGAGGAAAAGAUCCACCAGGACUCGAUCGCAAGCGCCACACAACAGAUCCAGCUAAGCAGCCAGGAGAGGUCCCUCUAGAGAGAUUUUAACAUAUAGUUAUUUUAUAACAAUUAUUUUCUAUAAAUAAAUGACUCGAAUGAAGAAAAAACACAAAGCAACCAAAG